CUCCAGGAAUAAUUGUUUCCUUUUUAAAAAUUUAUCCUUUAUAUCCAACUCAUGUAUCAUCCAAAAAUAUUCUUUCGAAUGUACUUGCUAAAACUGAUUUAGUCUGGGAGCGUGGAAUUUUGAAAAAGUGUGUAACAGGACUUUGUCAUAAUACCCUUGAUGAAGUUCAACUUAAAAGAGCUUUAGCUUUUGGUUUGUAUGGAGGUGAAUGGGAAGUAAAAACUCAUAAAGGUGAAAUACGAAUUUCUGACCAUCCAUGGAGUUUAUUUGAAGAUCUAUGUGGCGGUAUUAUUUAUUGGUCUGAUUUGGUGUUUGUAUUGAAAAAUGCUAAGCAAUUAGGUAUAGAUAGUGAAUCAGUAGCGCAAGGAAAAGUUAUUGGUUUUCCUUGUUUUACUGAUUUGUAG